AUGCGCAGCCUAUUCUUGAAGGCGGCCCUGCUGGUCCUGGCGCCCUCGGGGCCCCGCUCCCAGGUCGUCGGGUUCGGCGGGGUCGUGCUGCCAGGCGCGGGAGGCGACGUCUUUGCCGACUACCCCGAGGUCGCGCCCGACGCCCCGCUUCGAGGCGCGCCCGCCGCGGACGCCUCCGACGGCCGCGGCGCUCGCCUCGCUCCGGCGCCGCUCGCCGGCGCCCGCCUCGCCGGUCCCCGCCUCGCCGCGGCCCCGCCUGCGCUCGCUCCGCCGCGCGCGGAGGCGCCCGCGCUGCUCGAGGCGGGUGCCGCGGAGCCGCCGCGGCUGGCCAUCGCCCAGAGGCGCGCGCAGCAGCGCACCGCCGCGGACGACCCGCUGGCCGCCCGCACGGACCGCGAGGCGGCGGGGCGCGAGCGCGACGCGGCGCGCCUCGCGGGGGCCGCCGCCGCGGCCGAGGCGCGCCGCCUCGCGGAGGAGAACGAGGCCCUGCGCAGCCACCUGGAGCGGUGGCGCCGCCUCGGCGAGCGCGUCGUGGAGCGCGACAGGCGGCUGGAGGAGGCGCUCGCCGGGUCGGGCAUCCUCCGCGGCGCCGCCCCGCCGGCCCGGGCCCGCGAGGCCGCGGCCCCUGCGGCCCCGAGCCCGCCCGCUCUCCUCGGCGUCGACAGGCGCGUCGGGGCGCAGGUGCGGGCCCCCGCGCCGUGGCGCCCCGCCGCCUCCGCGGGCGCUGCGGUCGUGGUGGCGGCGCUGCUCGGGGCGGCCGCCUGGCACAGCUGCGCGCAGGCGCGCCAGAAGCAGGAGACGGAUGCUCGCUUCGUGAUCUCGGGGCUGCGCACCUCGGCGGCGCGCAGCAAGAGCGCGUGGACUCACAGCGCGAGUGCGGCCGCCGCCCGUGAGUCUCCCGGGCUGGUUGCGGGCGCGUUGGCGGCGGCGCAGAACUCCCGCUCCAGAGUCGCGCAGAGCACGAAAGCCUGGAGCAGCGAGCGGGCGAGGGUCGGCGGCGAUGCCGCGCCGAGACGGGCGAACAAGGGGCCAGAGGAGGUGCUCCUGGCGUUCGGCCUCGGGGAGGGCGACCUGGAGCACGUCGGGUCCCUCGGCGGGGCCGCCAGGAAGAACUCUCAGGGCCAUGGGGAUUUCUCCUUGGAUUCUGAGGGCGAGGGAGACGUUUUCAACGUUUCCGCCUGCAUUCAUGUCGCUACACAGCAGUUGACCACCCGGGAUCAGACCGAAAAGGCCUUCCAGAAGCAGGACGCCGUGUUCAUCGGCGCCAAGCGCUUGCUUGGGAAGAAGGCCGGCAAGAAGGCCCUUCGCUACUGGCGCAACGUGGGCCUCGGCUUCAGCACGCCGAAGGAGGCAAAGGAGGGCAAUUUCGUCGACAAGAAGUGCCCAUUCACAGGGAACGUCAGCAUCCGCGGCAAGAUCCUGAAGGGCAUGGCGAUCUCAUGCAAGAUGAAGAGGACGGUCAUUAUCAGGCGCAACUUCCUCCACUACAUCAAGAAGUUCAACCGUUUCGAGAAGCGCCACACCAACCUGGCCGCGCACUGCUCCCCGGCCUUCGACGUGAAGGAGGGCGACAUCCUGACCGUGGGCCAGUGCCGGCCUCUGUGCAAGACGGUCCGCUUCAACGUGCUCAAGGUGGAGAAGAACCAGAUCUUCGGCACCGCCCGCAAGCAGUUCCGGCUCUUCUGA